CUGUACACCUCCGGAGUUUGACACUCGGUGAUUGGGCUGUGUAGCUUGACGUCCGCUUAAUCAAUGGGAAUCUUGCGGCUUUGACGACCGCCAGGCGAUCUCCGGCUUUCCAUCCACUUCCCUCCCUCUCUCGGGAAGCCUUUGUGGUCUGGGGGUCCCUGUGUCUGGUCUGGUGGGAUUGUUCACUUCCAGGAUUGAUUUGACCCGACAAACGAUAAUUAUGACCUCGAUUUCCCUCCCUCCGCAGCCGCAUUCUGCUUCCGCCUUCGCCCAGUAUAUGGGCCCUCCUGCACAUUCUCCUGGCAGACACUCCCGCAACCUCACCAUGUCUGCCCCGUUGCCCAACCCGCCGUUCGUCUUUCCCGCCCGCGCACCGGACGACCCUCCGCCGCCGAAUCCCCAGCUUACGAGUCGUCCCGCCCUUCCGGCCUUUUCCUUCAACCCCGGAUCCGCGCAUACCACCCAACCAUCCCUGUCCGCGCCUGCCCCGAACCGUGGCGCCGGUCAUCGCCGGCGAUGCAGCGAAUUCGUCGGCGGGGAACACCUGGUGAGUCGGGGACAGAGGGAAGGGAGUCCGCCCAAGGACGAACGACCUCCCCAACCGCCGCCUACUUUCCCUCCCCCCGGACCUGGAUUUAGUGCCGGUGGCGCGGGCCGCCGUCGACAUGUCCACCGCCGCUCCGCCGCCGUCUCCAGUGUCGAUUUGACGGCGAUUCAGAAUGCGCUCAAUAUCCAACCGUCCGCCGGGAGUGCACCGUCGACCCCGGCGGACCCGGUCCAAUCACAGACGACGGGCGGCGAGAACACCCGACCCGUCUCCUACGCGGGUCCCAGCCUCCAUCAGCGGGUGACGCCGCCCACCUCGCCGCAGAUCCUGGUCGACGGGAGGUUGCCUCCGUACCCGCCGGAUGAUCCGCCCGAGUCCCCCGGGGACAGCCCGCCCAUCGAGGUUGAUGAGGGCGUGUCGGCCAAGGAAUCCAGGAGUUCUGACACUGUCCGUCCUGAAUUGCCGACGAGAAGUUUAGAUUCCUUGCCCGCCCGCGACCAGACACCGUCGCGGGCGGAUAAGACGAGACCCCGGCCCCGGACGGCAGAUGCAUCCUUUUGGUUCGGUCCGAAUGAACCUGGGAGCAACGAGUCGCGCGCCAAACGGCCACUAUCCGGUGCGGGACACUCUCGGUUCCGGAAGAGCAUGUCCUCGGGGGUUCUCGAGGCUGCCUUGCGGAAGAAUUACGCCAUGACGGAGGAUGAUCCCCAUUGGACGGACUCGUCGAGGCAUUCCUCGUCCGACGACGGCCACUCCGAUGCAUCCGAGGACGAGCACGAUCUGGAUGCCGGCACGGCCAAGAAGCGUUCCAAAGCGAAGCGGCGACAGAAGAAGGUGCGCUCGUGGGCGGGAGCCAUCCUGACGAGGAGCAAGAGUAAAGGCAAGAAACAGCAACCGAAAGCGGAUCUGGGGACGAAGCGGGUUCCGCCCCCGGUGCUCACCAGGACCAACUCGGAUGUCGGCUCGGGACUGGAUGUGGAUUUUGACGACGACAACACCGUUGUCCUGCGGACGCCCACCCGUCCCGACGGGCCCGGGUCCCUCUCCUCGUCCGCCGAGGACGUCGUCGAGCCCACGCCCUCGUUGGAAACUGCGUGGAAGCCCCGGAGUUUCUACGAGCAAAACAGCGAGCCCCAGCGUGAUGUGCUAAGUCCCAUCAUCGACUUGGAUGCGGCGCUCGGCCCCUUCAACACGCCCGACAUGCGCAAGGACCGACCGGAAAGUGGAUUCUCCGCCGCGACCAAGCGGAUGUACAGUGGAGGGCGUCGCGGAGAGUUCGUUGGCCCGGAGAUGCGUUAUCAUCGGCGCGCCGAGAGUGCUCCGGAGAUGCCCCCCUUCGACCGUAGUUUCCUGGGGAGCGCCCGGCUCGCCAACAACCCCUCGUUGGACAAUCCGGACGUGUUCUACGAAGAAGAAGAGGAUGCCUUUUUGGCGGCCACGAGUGCAUCUCCCAAGAAGAGUGAAGACCGGGGGCGCGCCCAAUCGUACCCCGUCUUCUCCUCCACCGAUGAGAGCGAUCGACAUUCCCAGGACAGCGGGGACAGCUCCGAUACGCUGGCCCACCGGCCCACCACUGAGCCAGUGGAUCCGGAAGCUGGUCGAGGCACCCCGACGCGGGGAACGGCGGCGGCGGAGGAGGAGGUUCUUGAGCCCAGUGUCCGAUCCGAUCGGAACGCCGAGAUGUCCAUGCGACCAGCCAGCUCGAGAGCCCCGGGUCCCGCCCCGGAAGUGAAGGAUCCGUUUGUUGACCCCCGGCGGGCUCCGACUGACGCCCCGUUGGACCAUUUCCGGCGGAUGCCGAUCCCACACAGUCCGGAUGUCUCCCCGCGGUUUGCACCAGCGGACCGUCGACCGAUCACCUCUCCGCUCGAGCUGCCGCCGAAUAUCCCGCACUUCUCCCUCCAGGGCGCCUCCCUUUCCAACUCCUCAUUCCCGUCGCCGAUCCUCACCGGCUCCUCCUCCGACGUCCCUCGAUCGAUCGCGACGUCGUCCACCGACCGGAAGUUCUCCAAUCCGUCGCAUCAUCCCUACAUGGAUUUCCCGCACGCGUCGUCGGACGACGUCCCUUCGCUCACCAGCAGCGCAUCCACCAUGACAAACACGCUGAACCGGUUCUCGGCCAGUUUCUUCCCCCGGCGGCGGCUGUCGACGGAUCGCUCGGCGUCGUUUUCCGCCACGGUGCCCCGUCGCACGAGCCAGGCCAACUCUUCGAAGCGAUCGAGCUUUGCCAGCCUAUCUAAGCUGGUGGUGGGCCCGAACGCAGAACGGAGCAAGCUCCGUCACGAGGAGAAGCCGCCGGGAGACGAGCCUGACAAGGCCAAACGGAAGGGUCGCCGGAUCAGCCGUCUGAUGCAAUUUUGGCGGACGAAAGACAAGGAUCGGCCGUCGUCCCAACGGACUGUCCACGAAGAUCGGCCUUCUUGAGCGCUCCGGAUACUGGGACGUUUUCGUGCGUGUAAAUAGCCAUC